AUGCCGUCUGCCGCUCUCUCGGACUCUAUGCCUAACUUCACAAACAAGUUCUUCGACGAGGGCCGCUACAAACUCCUUGAUCAACUUGGGUCUGGCGCAUAUGGGAAGGUCUAUCGCGCUCUUGAUACCACCUCGCCUUCUACGCAUCCCGUCCAUUACGCUGUGAAGUGUCUCGUACGCCCGAAACCGGGGAGCCGCCAGGACGAUUUCCAGCGCCGCGAGUUCAAUCUUCACAACAUGGUAUGCGCUCAUCCGAAUAUAGUCACCAUCCACAAGGUUGUCGUCCAAGGCGAGUUCGUCUUCGUGAUCCUGGACCUCUGUGCUGGUGGCGAUCUAUUCACGGCGAUUACGGAGAAUCAAGUUUUCUCUGGAAGGGACGACCUCGUCAAGAAGUCCUUUAUUGAACUUCUGGACGCCAUCCAUUGGUGUCACGAGAAGGGCGUCUUCCACAGGGAUAUCAAGCCGGAGAAUGUGCUUUGCUCAGAAGACGGCUCCCAUCUACGGCUGGCCGACUUCGGACUUUCUACCCGCCAACGCGUUAGUAGGGAUUUUGGAUGCGGAAGCUCCUACUACAUGAGCCCAGAAUGCAUAGGCAAAGAAGUCCGGAUGCAAAUGUACUCUACGCGACACAGUGAUGUCUGGUCUCUGGGUGUCAUCCUGGUCAAUAUGAUCACUGGUAGAAAUCCCUGGCGGUACGCGACCACGAAGGACGACUGCUUUGCUGCAUUCAUCCACGAUACCGAUUUCCUUCUACAAGUUCUACCUAUUUCCUCGGAUGCUAACGAAGUCAUCAAACGUAUCUUCACUCUCAACCCACAAGAGCGGAUCAAUCUUCCGGACCUUCGCGAAGAGAUUCUGAAGUUGGACACUUUCUUCAUGUCUCAAAAGGAUCUGGCGCUCGCAUCUGAUUGUGUCCGUGACGCGGCGAGAGGUUACGGACUUCGAGUACCACCGGCGCGGAUUACUCGUACACCAAUCGUCACUUCAGAGGCGGCCAAUGUCGACACCUCGAGCGAUGAUCAAGACUCCGCCGGCUCCAGCUCGUCUGAAGAGGAUUACCUAUACCCCAGUCCAGGCGAGCAGCCCUCGCCGCCAACUGAGCAUCUUGACCUCGCCGACCUACGGAUUGUCGACUCGAACACGAUCAACAAUGGUCCCAUUGAUCGGACAUCGUCCGAGUCUUCUGCUGGUGACAGUGAAGGACCAGUUACCCCGGAGACUUACCCCGUGGACCCAGAUGUGGAAAUACCCGAUAUAUCUGAAGAGCUGGAUCAGCCCGUGGUUACCGACCGAGAAUCUACUCUCAAAGCCCCCUCUAAACCCUCCCAAUUCCUGCAGCGAGCGGUUCAGCGACUGAAGGGCAUUUCGACUGGAUCUCUUGCUUUCUAA